AUGUCAACUCAUAUUAAAAAAAAUAUUGAUAUUCAAUUUUUAGCUACGUAUGGUACUUUGAGAGAUGAUGAUAAUUCAGGUGCACCAUGGACGAAAAAUUUCAUUAAAGAUAUAAAUCCUGCCACUACGGGUAGAGUUGUUGGUUAUCGACUUCUCGGUCAUCCUAUAAUCACAUAUCCAUUUGCAAUUCAUACAGGUGAUCCAAGUGAUUCAAUUAUUGUUCGUCUUCUAAGUUGGCCAUCGAAAGAACAAUUCAAAGAGAAAAUUAAUCAAGCAGAUAUAAUUGAAGGUGAUGCAUAUGAACGUAAAGAAGUUGAAGUACUUGUUGAAAAUGAAACUAAACUUGCUUAUAUUUAUAUAUCGAAAUCAACAUCAUUAGAUGAAAAUUGGAAAGUUAUUCCAAGUGGUGAUUGGCUUAAACGACAUUUAAAAUAA